GUUUCGCUUUACUCUUCCCUGACUUAUAUACUUUAAUGUUGUGUAAAGUCAGUGUUGGUAUCAUCUUACAAUUCUCAGAUGAUCCUAUCUAGUAGUCCAGUAGAAUCCCAAACAAAUCCUAUGUAACCCCCAUUUUUUUACAACCGAAACCAUGCCUCGUUCUUGUGGUGAUGGAGGAACAUCUUUAGCUUCUUCUGGUUCAAACAGUCCACCUGGCACAGGGAAAACUACGACUUCUGCAACAAUUGUAUACCAUAUGGCCAAACAAGGCCAAGGCCAGGUUUUGGUUUGUGCUCCAAGUAAUGUGGCUGUUGACCAGCUAGCUGAAAAGAUCAGUGCAACAGGAUUGAAGGUUGUUAGGCUCUGUGCAAAAUUAAGGGAAGCUGUAAGUUCUCCCGUGGAGCAUUUAACUGAUCACUAUCAGGUCCUUAUUGAUGAAUCUACUCAAGCAACUGAGCCCGAGUGUCUUAUUCCCUUGGUUCUUGGCGUGAAGCAACUCAACGUUGAUCGCAUGGCUUGCAUGCGAGUGUCAAUCGAUUCUUGUUCUUGCUGAUGGAACAAGAUCACACACAGACAAAUCAAGGAGUAAAAAAAAAGUCAGCCAUGGAAGCUAAAGAAAUUUAGGAGACUUUUCCAUUCUUUGAGUUUCGGGUAACAUUUCUCAUCAUUGAGUUUAAUUCUUAAGAUGAUUUACUUUUUCUGAUUCUCUAUCUUAAGUUCUGAAUCUGUGAUUUGCAGUGGAAUUUAUCUAAUUUGGUCAUUAUGCUGAGGAAUAGAUAUAUAGUAGUGACGACCAAGCAAGCUCUAAUGGCGGACCAGAGCUCUCUAGCUUCUCUCUCCCCAAAUCACACCAUACCCAUUUCUUCUUUCUUUGGUUCUCCAAGGUUCUUCAAUGGGUUUCAAGCAAUGGGUCACUCUGAAAUUGAAACAAUGAGUCCUAUUCCUAGUUCAAUUCAUGACAUCAAACCAUUCUCCCCUGUUGGCAACCAAUUCCCCAACAAUUUCUCAGGAAACAAACACUCCUGGGAAAAAUUAAACCCGAAAGGCAUCGGUCUUUCAUAGUACUUGUAUGUAUAAUUAGUUUGAAUUGCAUCUUUUUUGCCGAUUUGUUUUGUAAUAACUUUCAACUUACCACUAGGCAUUAGUUUAAUUUUAUUUCAUCUUGGAAUUGAAAUAUUUUUGCAUAUUGAGAAGCAUGAAUUGAUCCAGUAUUAUGUUUACCUAAA